AGAAAAACCACUUUUCGCGUAGUUAUUUUUUUCAUUCCAUCGCGUCCGUUCGUCUGUCUCAUGCAUUUAAGAGCCAUUUCGUCAAUCGCCUAUCCAUUUAUGUAAAUAUUGAAAAUCCAUAUUUUCUAAUGAUGGAAAGUUCUCCAUGUCGGAUCAUGAAAAUUCAAGACAGUGCCGCGAAAACUUACCUACAGCGAGGUUGUCUGUUGUGUUCCGGAAUAAAAUGUGUUUCUAAUUUAAUUUGUGUUUAGCAAUGAUUGACAUUACAUAUUUGCUAUAGCGAUCCAAAAAAAAAUGCUUAGCAAUUUAUUUUUUCCAACAAUUAAAAAAAUUAGAAAUGGCUAUCAAUCUUUCUUCAUUUACUUACUUCUGGAUGCCAAUGUUUUUUAUGUACCUACCUACUAUUAUGUAAAUGUAUUGAUAAAAUAAUUUACUCCCGGUAAAUUGUAUGCAUAUAUUUUUUUGUAUUAUAUCAAGUAUAUGUUUCUGCUCUCAAGUAGAUAUACCUACUUAAUCUAUUUUUUAUAAUUGUCAACACAUAAAUUUGAAUUAAUAAGGUAUCUUUGAAACCAGUGUGUAAAAAACAAUAAUCUUGUUUGCAGAAAAUUUACAUUUAUCCUCUAUCAUUAAUUAAUUAUUGCUAGUUGCCACUAGUUGAUAACUACUAACUAUCGACUAUUUAUUCUUCUACUUCUAAUUAAUUUCUUGAACAUAAUUACAAGGGAAGUAAAGUGAUAGAUUCCGUUAGGUAAUAAAAAUAAAGUAACUUUUUUUUUGUGUGCUUCGGUGUGUGAAUAGCGAAAAGUACUUAGGAGGAAAUUGACAAAAAAAAAGGGGAAAAUGCAUGGGUACCCGGUAAUGCAGGUGGUUCAAUACCACAUACCACCUGCCAUGGUACCUCCACAUUGUGCAUCACAUUUACCACAUACAGCAUCACCACCGUCUGGAGGUGUCCGAAAAUAUGUCUUUUGGUGCUGUGCAUGUGGAGGCUUGGCAACCAUCUUAGGAGCAUUAUUUUUAGCUGUAUAUUUUCUACUUAGGUCCUAUACGUCGACGUUAGGCUACUUUGAAACUAUUCCUACAUUUGUUCCAGCUACAAUGCUCAUGUUAACUGGCCUGUGCGUAAUAAGCUUAGCCCGGAGGAAGAACAGAUAUAGCUACUUGAUCAAAGUUUGCGGUCUGUGCUGUUUGGUGUGCGCCUUGACCUGUGUGCUCGUCACUAUCACCACCACAGUUAUCCAUAUGAACCGAUUACAGACACUAAGAGAAUGCGUUUAUACACAGAAGUCAAGAACUUGUACCUGUUAUUCGGUUCUUUUGGAAGCCCAAUCCAGUACUGAUGAAGGAAUGAGAUACGUCUUUGACUCAACGCCAGAUUGCGAAGUAAUCCAUGGAGCAUUAUAUUCAUGCCUCAGAGCUAUGUUUGGACUUUCUGUGAGUGGAAUAUUGGUGUGCAUAUUUUCUUGCAUGCUAGUUUAUCAAUUACUAAGCCACGAAAAAAAGAAAAUGUAUUGGGAACAAUUAGAACUGAGGUGUAGAUCAUUUUACCAACAGCAAACGGUACCACCGUCCAGUGCUCCAGGUUCCAUGAGAGGACCACCGGUUCCAUCGACAAUUUACUGCAGCUGUUGCGAAGAAUGUAGAUAUUCUUCUGCGUCAGCUGCACCACAGGUUUAUCCAUGGGAUACACAUACGCCAGACAGGUUUUGGACUCCUGGAAGAGUUGGAAACUUUUACUCGCCCAAUCCGGAAGACGUUCCUCCAGUUAACCCAGAUCCAAGUAGAGGCAGACCUGGAUGGAGCUGGAGAAGACUUCCUUGGUCUAGAGCUAAUCCGGAGCCUGCUGAACCUCCUAGGGAUAAUUCCCUAACAUAUCAAGGAGCAGUCAGUAGUGCUGACAGUCAAUACGGCUUCAGUAACCGUUCAGGCGACAAUGCCAUGCAAAGCGAUCAGAUUUCUGGGUCGACUGGUUCUUAUAGUAUGCUUGAUAACAGACCACCAGUAGGGGGAGUUUAUGUUUGGGGUCCUCCUCCUCCUUAUUCAGACCCUAAUUCUCCUGCUAGAAGAUUUUUACAUCAAUCACCUGCAAGAUAUCAUCAUAUUCAUCACCACCCGUAUGGACACGAAUCUCAUUGUCAAAUGAAUGAAAACAACCCACAAUUCCGAAGUUCCAGAAGAGCAAGGCCACAUCUGAAUAACAAAGACAACUAUGAAAACACUACAGAGCCUGAAGUGCACCAGUCCAAUGAAAAUAAUGAAAGUACCGACACUUCAAGUUGUGUAGAGCGAGUAUCGCACACUUUACCAGUACGCAAAGUCAAGAAAAGAUCUGCCAACGAUAUCGCCUCAGUAAAAUCUAUCAAUCAACCUUCCAACCACAGAACAAAUGUGCAAAAUGUCUUUGCUCAAAGUAGCCAAGAAGAACCGCGUCAAGAACCAGUUGAGAAUGAUUAUCAUGAACCUAGUGUAUCUGAAACAACUAAACCGAUCAGUUCUGAAGUUCAACAGUGUAGAUUUCUGCCUAGACUACAAGGAGUCGAAAAUGCUGCAUUUCAAAAGCAAGAAAACAGUCCCCAAAAACCUGAAGCAACAGAAUCGGAAGUUUAUUUUGCAGAUGUAAGUAGCUGUUGCAAUAUAUCAGUAAGAAAUGACGGGCAAGAUUCGUCAUUGUAUGAUGAAGCUUUAGAAUCUAACCCAAAAACUGGAAGGCUAAUGUCCUUACAAAAACCCGUGGAAAAUAAAGAAGAAAUAAAUAAGCCUCAAGCUAUUGCUCAAGAUUUGUCACAAGCAAUUAUUCCUGAGGAGGAAGAUUAUUUGGCUCAAAGAAUGGCAAAUCGUCAAAUGUCGACUAGAAGUAGAAUGCCCUUUCCUGUACCAAGCUCAGAUGAUUUAUCAGAAUUUAAUACAGAUCCCUGUUUACAACUCUUGCCAAAAGAUAUAUCACAAAAUAGUUUGUGUAGUAGCGUCCAAACGCCUAUGACGGAAACUACAGACGAUACAAUAUCUCCUGACGAAUGCUGCAGUAAGAAUUAUUUCCAAGAAAAAUCAAUGGACCAAAUGUCAAUGCAUAGAGGAUUUAAUAGUGCAAACGUAGACCAAUUUUUAGCACCAGAUGCUCAAUACGAAAUUAUUCCAGAAAAAGAGAGCUUCAGAAACAGCAGCAAUCUCACCAAUACCAUUUCCGGAGUAAAUUUCGAUCAGAACUAUUACAACCAGACAAAAAAUAGUUACAAUAAUUUUAAUACACCAAGUCCCAGAAACAUUCCUCCAAAAACAUUGAAUCUUAACCAACCUAAUACAAAUAGAAGAAGCAUGGGCUCAAACAUAUCCGCAUUAAUUCAGAACUUGGGUGGCAAUCCAGCUGGAUUAUUAUACGGAGAUGCAAAUGGUGAAGAAGAAAUACAGGGACAAGGAUGCCACAGUGAUGGGACGAUGGAUUCUGGUUGGCAAAGUGGGUCCGAAAAAACUGAAAAUAGGAAUAAUGUCCAGGAUGCGAUGUGUGAUAGUUCAAGACCUGUAAAUGUGUAAUAAGUUGGAGGUAUGAUGAUUAGAAAAAAUAACAGUGUACAGGGAGUUUCUGUAAACAAAUUUUUCUCCCACAUUAUGUGGAAAAAAAGGCUGAUACAAAAAUGAUAAGGGAAGUGUCCUAAUUGUUUAUUUUGUUAAUGCUAUUUGCAAGUCCUUAAUUUAAUUUUAAACCUUAUGCAAUGCUAAGGCUUUAAUUUUUAGAUAUUAAAAACUUUUUUCUUGCCAUAUUGUUUCUUUAUAGUUUAGUGAAACAUAAACGAGAUAUUGUAAAAUAUUUAUAAAAAUUCGACAAUAGGGACUAGGGACAAUAGAAUGUGGUUCUUACAGGAAAAAAGUUGUGAUAGACUUUUGGAAUAUAUUUUGUGAAUAUUAUAGGAAUAUGUAAGGUUAAUAUGUUAGAUGUGAUUGUGUAUUUUAUUAAGUAUAUUAUUUAAAAAUUUUCAAUGUUUCAAAUUAUUACUAUAACUAUAGGAUAUAAAAUUUAAGGAUAAACCUAUUUUAGUUAUAUGUAAAGUACUCACUUAAAUGUUUUAAAUUUAAGGCCAAAAAUAUUUAUUUCAACUUUUAUAUUUAUAAGAUUUAAAUAUUUUUAGUACCUAGUAAAUUAUUAGUUUAUUAAGUGUUCAGAGAAAAUUGUAUUGUUGGAAAUAUUUUCAAUAAAAAU